AUGGAGCUCGCAAACAUGACUCGGUCCGUGGCUCGAAGAGCGGUCAACCACGUGCCUUCCGCCCGUUAUUACAGCAUCGUGCACGACGUACCCCGGACUGCGGCCAGCCUCAGCCAGACGCCUCCCCCACCACGACCGCAGGCGCAGGGCCAAUCUGUGUUCGAGCAAGCCGUCAAUGCUACAGGCCCUCGGAACAAUUGGACAAAAGAAGAGAUCACACAGAUUCACCAGACGCCUCUCAUGGAACUCGCCUUUGCUGCAAGCACAGUCCACCGUCGAUUCCACAAACCCUCGGCAGUUCAAUUAUGUACUUUGAUGAACAUCAAGACCGGGGGGUGUACAGAGGACUGCUCCUACUGCGCUCAGUCCUCGCGGUACAAGACCAAUCUGCAAACCACCAAACUCUCCACCGUCGAUUCUGUGAUUGAAGCAGCCAAGAUCGCCAAAGCCAAUGGGUCGAACCGCUUCUGCAUGGGCGCCGCCUGGCGCGAUAUGCGCGGACGCACGAGAGGCUUGAAAAACAUUGUCGAGAUGGUUAAAGGUGUUCGGGGCCUGGGCAUGGAGGCUUGCGUCACCCUCGGCAUGCUUGACAAGCAACAAGCGAAAGAGCUGAAGGAAGCUGGGUUGACUGCUUACAAUCACAAUCUCGACACCUCACGCGAACACUAUCCCAACAUAAUCACCACCCGGACCUACGAUGAACGCCUGCAAACCCUCGAGAAUGUCCGCGAGGCCGGCAUUCAUGUCUGCAGCGGUGGCAUUCUCGGCCUUGGGGAGACUCCUCAGACAGACCAUGUCGGCCUGAUCUACACAUUGGCCACCCUCCCCGAACAUCCUGAAUCCUUCCCUGUCAACAAACUGGUGCCGAUCAAAGGGACACCCAUGUUCGGCCAAGAGCCGGUGAAAAUCGAAGAUGUCGUCCGCUGCAUCGCCACAGCUCGUCUCGUGAUGCCCAAAACCAUCAUCCGCAUUGCAGCCGGAAGAGUCACCAUGCCUGAAAGCGAGCAGAUGCUGUGCUUCAUGGCGGGGGCCAAUGCGAUCUUCACCGGGGAGAAAAUGCUCACCACCGAGUGUAAUGGCUGGGACGAAGACAAGGCCAUGUUUGAACGAUGGGGUCUUACCCCCAUGCAGACAGAGGCCAGCCAAAUUGUCGCGGAGCCAAAAUUCGAGGCCCAGAGCUUUGCUCAUUUACGCGAGGAGAGCAAGUCUGCUCCUCAGGCCGCCGCAUAA